UGCCUCGUUUCUUAUUCCAACUUUCAUUCGGGGUUGAAGGUUGCACAAGGCGAUCUUGCCGAUCAGUUUGGGUAUAUAAGGCGACGUGUCACAGGGGUUGAGCAUCAGUCACUAGCAAGCUAAAGACUAACCACAACGCAACCAAUAUGAAGUACACGAUCGUCCUUGUCGCUGCCUUGGCCAUGGCCUCAGCCAGCCCCGAUCGCGAGCGUCGCUCCCUCGGCUGGGGACACAAUGGAGCAGUGGUGUUAGGUGGAGUUUUACCCGCGCUGGCUCCUUCCGUGGCGGUCGUUGGGCCUGCUGGCCCAGCUGCGGCGGUCGUAGGGCCCGUCGCACCAGCUGCGGCGGUCGUCGGCCCAGCUGCACCAGCUGCGGCUGUGGUUGGACCACACGCCGGUUCCGCCGUAGUGGCUGGGCCAGCCGCUGGCCCAGCUGCGGUCGUUGGACCCGCCGCAGGAGCAGCGGUCGUGGCUGGCCCCGCUGGAGCGGUGGUGGCGCCAGCAGCGCAUUGGUAGACCGAUCCCCCGGAUUCGAUCACUCCCUCCCCCACAGCUUAAGACAACUCGAACGAUUUCUCUCGUGAACAUGGAAACGGCUUCUCAUCGACCUCCAUCCGCGGGACUUGGAUCAAAAAAAAAAAAGCUCAACGUUGCUCCAUAUCGAAUCGAAGACUCCGCAAUUUGAAUGGAUUCGAAAUGGAACGAAUUAUAUAACGACGAUUAUUCUUGAUUUCUUUUUCUUUUUUUUCUCUCUCUCUUUCUCUUUGUCUCUCUCGUUCUCGAGACAAAGAAAAGGUCUGCUCGAUUCACGAUGGACAACGUAUCCGAGUUUCUCCGAGGAUCUUUCGCGUAUCUCCUUGUAAUUAUUAUCCAUAUACACGUUACACGCUUUUAUAUUUAAUAAAUGAAGCUCCACUGUA